AUGGCGAAUUCAAAAUAUGAAUAUGUUAAAGCCUUUGAGCAACCUGAUCUGCUUAUCCCAAAUACAUGGAUCGUAGUGCGUAUUGAUGGUCGAGGAUUUCAUAAGUUCUCGGAUAAAUAUGCAUUUGAAAAACCAAAUGACAGGAGAGCGUUAGAUCUUAUGAAUGCGGCUGCUAAGGCUGUGAUGAUGGAAUUGUCGGAUAUUAUUAUUGCUUAUGGAAUUAGUGAUGAAUACAGUUUCGUCUUCCAUAAAUCAUGUGUGCUGUUUGAGAGACGCUCGAGUAAACUCGUCACAACUAUAGUAUCGACUUUCACAGCAUACUAUGUUCAUCUCUGGUCUACCUAUUUUCCAGAAACGGAAAUGCAACUCACGGCUCCGUUGCCUAGUUUUGAUGGUAGAGCUGUGCAGUAUCCUAGUGUGCAGAAUUUGAGGGAUUACAUGAGUUGGAGACAGGUGGAUUGUCACAUAAAUAAUCUUUACAAUACGACUUUCUGGGCUCUGAUUCAGAAAGGAGGAUUGGAUGCAAAAAGUGCAGAGAAGGAACUUGCUGGCACAUUAGCCGCGGAUAAGAAUGAGAUUUUAUUCUCGAGGUUUGGAAUCAAUUAUAAUAAUGAACCAGAGAUCUACAAAAAGGGGAGCGUGGUUUUUAGAGAUUGGAACCGGAAGCGACAACAGAAUUAA